AUGACUGACCUCAUGACUCCUGCCACCGUGCUCAUCAUCGUUGCCGGUGUCGUCGCGCUUGUUUGGGCUUUGUCCCAAUUCAUGAUCAUCUCUGCCAUUCCCAUCAAAUCUGGGGGUGCCGGUGGAGAAGAAAGCGCCCUACUUGCAACUGGUGACGAAGAAGGAACCACUGCCCGCCUGAAUGAGAUUUAUGAGGCUAUUUACGAGGGAGCCGAGAGUUUCCUCCGCGCCGAAUACCGAGUCUGCUUCUGGUUUGUUGUUUGGUUCGCUCUCCUUAUCUUUAUUCUAGUCAGCUGGGGAACUGGAUGGGAAUUGGUUCGCGGUGCUCUCACCGCCAUUAGUUUCCUUUUGGGUGCAUUCACUUCCAUGGCCAGUGGAUACUUGGGUAUGAAGGUUGCCGUCUACUCCAAUGUUCGUACCACCAUUGCUGCCCAGAAGCAAGGAUGGACCGACUGCUUCAACACUGCUUUCCGUGCCGGUGCCGUCAUGGGUUUCGCUCUUUGCGGAAUGGGAAUGUUGAUGCUUUACAUCACCAUGCUUGUCUUCCGUGCACAAUACCCUGACCCCAUGGACUGGAUCCUUCUCACUGAGUCCCUCACAGGAUACGGUCUUGGUGGAUCCGUCAUUGCCAUGUUCGGUCGUGUCGGUGGAGGUAUCUACACCAAGGCUGCCGAUGUCGGUGCUGAUUUGGUCGGAAAGGUUGUUCACGGAAUCCCUGAGGAUGAUCCACGUAACCCUGCCACUAUUGCUGAUAAUGUCGGUGACAAUGUCGGUGAUGUUGCUGGUAUGGGGUCUGAUUUGUUUGGAUCUUUUGCUGAAUCUACCUGUGCCGCUCUUGUCAUUGGAUCCAGUAUCGGAGCUGGUGGUGACUGGGACGCCAUGGUUUUCCCUAUCAUCGUUUCCGCUGUUGGUAUCUUUGUGUGCUUGAUUUGCUCUUUCAUCGCCACCCACAUCAAGCCUGUCAAGUCCGAGGCAGACGUCGAAAGCGCCUUGAAGGUUCAACUCAUCAGUACCACUAUUCUCAUGAUCCCAGCUGUCUAUUAUGCUGCUAUCUCCUUCCUUCCAUCCACCUUCGAACUUGUAUCUACUGUCGGAAGUAACAAGCUCACUUUGACCCCCAUGCAAGCCACCAUCUGCGUCAUCAUGGGAGCGGUUGGUGGAUUGACUAUUGGUUUGGUCACCGAGUACUACACUUCUCAUUCCUACCAACCAGUCCGUGAGGUCGCCCACUCUUGUAAGACUGGAGCCGCCACCAACAUGAUCUACGGAAUUGCCCUUGGAUUCAAGUCUGCCAUCAUCCCCGUCAUUGUUCUUGCUCUUGUCAUCUACUUUUCCUUUGACUUGUGUGACAUGUACGGAGUUGCCCUUGCUGCCAUUGGAUUCCUCUCUAACUUGGCUACUGGUUUGACCAUUGAUGUUUACGGACCAGUUUGCGAUAACGCUGGAGGCAUUGCCGAGAUGGCCGAGCUUCACCCUGGUGUCCGUGAGAAGACUGAUGCUUUGGAUGCUGCUGGAAACACCACCGCUGCUAUUGGAAAGGGAUUCGCUAUCGGUUCCGCUGCUCUUGUUUCCCUUGCUCUCUUUGGCGCCUUUGUUACCCGCAUCAGCCAUGCUUCUGAAGGCAAGUGGUUCGGAAACGGUGUCAACAUGCUUGAGCCUUUGACUUUUGCCUUUUUGAUCAUCGGUGGAAUGAUCCCAUUCGCUUUCGCUGCCAUGACCAUGAAGUCUGUUGGUUUGGCCGCCAUGGAGAUGGUUAUGGAAGUCCAACGUCAAUUCGACGAGAAGCCACACCUUCUUGAUGAGAACCCAACUGAGCGCCCCGACUACGAUGCCUGCAUUGCUAUCUCUACUAAGGCUUCUUUGAAGGAGAUGGUUGCCCCAGGUGCCAUGGUCAUCUUCACUCCACUUUUGACUGGUAUCUUCUUUGGUGUUGGUGCCGUCUCUGGUCUUUUGGUCGGUUCUUUGAUCGCCUCUGUCCAACUCGCCAUCUCCAUGUCUAACUCUGGAGGUGCUUGGGAUAACGCCAAGAAGUACAUUGAGAAGCAACCUGCUGACUCUGAGCUCAAGGGCAAGGGAUCUGACAUUCACAAGGCCGCCGUUGUUGGUGACACCGUCGGAGAUCCUUUCAAGGAUACCUCCGGACCUGCUCUGAACAUUGUUAUGAAGCUUAUGGCAGUGUUGUCUUUGGUCUUCGCAGACACAUUUUAUGCCACCAACGCUGGCCACGGUAUCUUGAACCUUCAUUAA